AUGGCGAUGACGGGGUUGUACAGUACCUCGUUAUACUCCAGGGAUGGACAGCACGAGGAGGUACCGGUACUUCCAAGACGCGCGAUUGAUGGGGCCACACCGCAUGCGGGCUUUCGCCCUCGCUCGCCACGGCCGGAAAAGCCAGACCGCGGCGAUCUCUCUGGUUGGCUCAGUGGCUCGGUGUCGUGUGUUCGAGGCCGAAGAUCACCCGAGAUCUCCAUCACACUCCCAUCAUAUCCUCCCGCCAAUCCACCAUCAUGCCUUAGGACAUCGAGACCGCAUCUCAAGCGCAAGAUUUCGAGAAUACAGAUUCUGCCGAGAGUCAGGCCGGGGGCGUUUACCGGCAAGCCCGGUAACUAAGGAAAAUAAAGAACUAGUACGGAAUCUAGUUAGCCUCUGUUUGCCUUGGUCCGGUCUGUUCAAGUCCGAGAGAAUCCCAGUUGAUAUGUCAUUUUACUCGUACGCUCGAAUACGAAGCUUUGAGGAUUUGAGGGCACUCCGCACAAAAGAAACAAGACGCCCAUCAAGCCCCAGGUGGAUAAUAUGAAUGCAUGGGUUAUCCAAAGACGGUGCUUUUGUCCCGUAACAGGAUGUUUCUCCGGAUUACUAAAAAGCGGAAACCUGAUUUGCCCCUCUACCAACAGCCUCGACCUUUUUAAUUAUUUUCUUUUUUUUUUUUUUGAAUUUUCUUUUUUGUCGGGGAACUCUGCAGUCUCCCGGUGAUAUUGGUCGACCUUCAAACUUUGCUCAUGGAUCCACACAAACCGGCUUGACACAGGAGCCCCCAGCCAGAAACUCAGUAUCCCGCAACUUGUCGUUAUUGCACCUAGAAGAGCUGUUCUUGAUACAGAGUACAUGUAUCUCUGGAUGUCAGGAUACACCGCAUCGAGACUGCGGAGAAGAGACGGAUCCUCUCUUGGUGGGGAAGUGCAAAGUUGACCACGAGCAGCGCUUUUGUGCGCUCUGGCGGAGUGUGCUGCGCAGGGCCUGGAUGCCGUCUGAGUGGAUAAUCUGAUCCGGUUGGCCACAGCUCGAUUAAUCCGCAUGCACUAAUGGCUGCCCUAGCAGGGAUAUGAGGGGCCUUAAUAUGAAGCAGCUAUGGGCGGUGAAUGUAGCAUUUCUGCCUUCCCUGCAUCUCUUAUGUACGAGGAUGGGAAUAAUUUCUGAGCCUCCGUGCUCCGUUUGCACGGUCGAGAGUUCAACGUCCCCCACAGCGAAAUGAAUUGAACGAAUCUGAAGAACGAGGAUAUUGGUGCCUGCUUUCCACGCUGGUUGCUCCGUCAACCCGGACCCUCCGUCAUCGAUGCGUCUUUUGCCUUCGCGUCUCCGAAAAGAUUUGACAUUUCAAUGGUAAGUGGCAGGCUCAAGCUUUACCCAGCUGCCUGGUCGGAGAAGAACUUCCACACGGCCGUCGCCCACUGUUCCGUGAGGUUUAUCUCAAAUAGCAUUUCUUGUUUCUUUCGUGGGAGAAUCUUAUUUGAUGAGCCCGAGGAAUGAACGUGUUUGCCCGCGUUGGUUCAGCC